CCGAAGCGUAUUUUUAGCGAUAACAGUUCAAAUUUCCGAGGUGCAGAUGCUAGCUUGAGACGGACUAUAUGCUCUUGAGAUCAAAACAAAAUAGAGAACCACCUCAAUGAACGAGAAUGUGAAUGGCGUUUCAACCCACUUAGGACAAGUCAUCGAGGCGGUGUGUGAGAACGCAUCAUAAGAUCUAUUAGAAUUCUAAGAGCACUUUUAUUUCAAAAUGUGCUGACCGAUGAAGCUUUGCAAACGUUCUUGACUGAGGCAGAAAGGAUAUUAAAUAACAGACCACUAGUUAAAAUGACAGAUGAUCCUGGCACCCUAGAGGCUCUUACUCCGAAUAAAUUGUUGUUGAUUUAUAAAGGAUUAUCAUUUGACGAUGUUUCUGUGGAUAAGACUUUAUUAUCGAAUAAAAGAUGGAAAGAAGCUCAGAGGUUAACUACCACAUUUUGGCAUAGGUGGAUGAUAAGAGAAUAUCUACCGACUCUCCAAACAAGAGAUAAAUGGUUGAACGUUCGCAAGAAUUUACAACCGGGAGACCUAGUUCUCGUUAGUAGCGUUGAAACGAGUACAAGUCUAUGGCCUAAAGCCAUUGUCGAACAAGUAAGCUAUGACUCUGAUGGACGAGUUCGUACAGCAAAGUUGAGAACGGCAAACAAAGAAAUCCUUCGGGAUGUACAAAGCCUAUGCCUACUGGAAGAAGCCGCUUAUCUGACGGCGACGACGACGACCCAGGAGGAUGGACGUGGUGCGCGUUUCCUGGGGAGUGUAAAGUGAGAUCGAUAAACGAACCCACCGAUGAUAAAGUGAAACGCUCACCAGCACACUAACCUUCUUUGACCUUGUAUGACUAUGUCUUGUUUAUCCACCAACCACAAUUUUAUGUUCAUUGUAAAACAAUAUUCGCCUUGUUGACUCAUUUUUCCUAUCCUCUAGUUAAUGUUCGGUAUGUUAUUUAUGUCUCUCUUUUUCCCUAUGUAAUAGACUGUACUGUUUAUUUGUGUACUAACAUUGUGAAUUUACUUUUUAGAAACAGAUAAAGUUUAUGAAGCCAAAUAGCUCACUUGUUCUGACUUUGGCGAAACCAAGACUCUGUGCUCGACAGUCUAGAGAAUACCUUAGAGUUGCACGUGUAGGAAAUUGCUUCCU